AUGAUGCUAUUUUCCAUUACCAUUGCUGUCUUAUUUUUUACUACAUUUUCCGUUCAAGGUGAUGAAUAUCUUCCAGUUCAAAGCGUACGAGCAUCUGAAAUUUGUUAUGGUGAAUAUGGUUGUUUCACAACAGCAGCACCAUUCGGUGGAACAUUACAACGACCAUUUGCUUUAUUGCCUGAUCGACCUGGUGUAAUUGGAACUACAUUCUAUCUAUAUACACGAACAACACGUAGAACUCGUGCGGAAAUUAGUCGUUAUACAACUCUUGGCACAUGGAAUGUAACCAAACCAACAAAAUUUUUUAUUCAUGGCUUUGUAGAUACUUCUAAUGCACCAUGGUGGAUUGAGUUGAAAAAUGCUAUACUUGAUGUCGAUGAUGUUAAUAUUAUUAUGACUGAUUGGUCAAAGGGUAAUGGAUUUCCAUAUGAAAAAGCUACAGCAAAUACUCAAGUAGUUGGUACUGAAAUUGCUUUAUUUAUAAAUUAUUUGAUUGAAAACCAUGGUGCUAAAGCUACUGAUUUUCAUAUUAUUGGUCAUUCACUUGGUGGCCAAACGGCAGGAUAUGCUGGAGCAAAAGUUCAAGGUUUAGGACGAAUUACUGGUUUGGAUCCUGCUGGUCCUUAUUUUGAAAAUACUCAUCCAAAAGUUCGUCUUGAUCCAACUGAUGCUUUAUUUGUUGAUGUCAUUCAUACUGAUGGUGCUCAUAAUCUUCUUCUUGGACUGGGUAGUCUACAACGAAUGGGUCACGUCGAUUUUUUUCCAAAUGGUGGUUAUGAUCAACCUAAAUGUCCUGCAACCUCUGGUAAAAUACUAAAUCUUGUUGUUCAACUUGGUCAAAUGGAUAUUCAAGAAUCAUCACUUUGUAGUCAUUUAGUCGCUGUUUAUUUCUUUACGGAUUCAGUUCGUAAUCAAUGUCCUUAUAUUGGUUAUUCAUGUUCUAAUUAUGAUGAUUUUAAUGCUGGUAAAUGUUCACUUCAAUGUGAUGGAAAUGAACAUCAAUGUAAUCGUAUGGGUUAUUGGACAUCACCAACAGAUGCGAAAGGCGAUCUUUAUUUAAAAACUCAAGAUGCUAAUGCAUUUCCAUAUUGCAUUUAUCAUUAUCAAAUUACACUUGAAUCAGGAUCAGAAUAUUCACAAACACGUGGUAAAGUUAGUGUUACACUUAUUGGUACACUUCAAACAGUUACUGUUGUUUUUGAUAAUGAUCAAACAACAUUUAAACGUGGUUCAGUACAAACACGUUUAAUUCCAUUAACAAUUGAUAUUGGUGAAGUUACUGACAUUGAUAUUGAUUUUAAGAAAACAAACAAUUGGUUUUCAUCAUCUUGGUAUUCAUCUUCAUGGACAUUUACCAAAGCUACUGUAUUGAAUGGUGAUCAACAACAAAGCUUUUAUUCAUUUGAAUAG